AGAAAUCCCAACCUGGGAUGUCUGACUAAGCCGCCAUUUCAAAGCGUUAAGGAACCUCAGAAGCUGUAGUAAAUCUUGUACGUUUCAUUUUUAUUUUUCUAUUACAUUUUAUUUUUAUUAGCAACUAGGAAGAGUAUAUUACUUUUUAAAUCUACCUCGACUGCACCACCAAUUGAAAUGGAUGCAGACACAGAAGAGAAGGUCACAGAAACUUCUAAAACUUCCAAGGAUGAAUCCGAAAAAUCUGUAACUGAACUCAAAUCCAGGGGUCGUGGUUUCAGAGGCCGUGGUCGAGGAGGGCGUAUGAACCGAGGUGGUAUGCGUGGUGGACGGGGCAUGAUGAAAAGCUUUGGUCCACCAGGACGUGGGAGGGGUCGAAUGAAGGACCCAGCCAUGAAUGGCUUUGGGCCAAUGAGAGGAAUGGGGAGGAUGCGACCUUACCCAGACCUUAGAGGUCACCGAGGUAGGGGUGGACCAAUGGGCAUGGGCCCUCCCCCUCCUCCCCCACCUCCUCACAUGCACCUCAGAGGGCCCUUCCCUCCCAUGCCCAGGCAUGGACCCCCUCCACCCCCUCCUCCAGGUCACCCUGGUUUCAGAGGGCGUCCACCACACCCUCGAGGCCGUGGCAUGCCACCCCCUGGACCUCCACGUCACUUCCACCCCCGUGGCCCAAGAGGGGGGGCACACAGUACAGUUAACCUCCCGGGCCCCAGGAAGCCAGGCCCUCCCUCACAUCUCUCCCCUCCUUCACCAGCGGCGUGACACCCGAGGUUCGGCACUUCACUUGCAAAGGUGAGCCUCUUGUGUGUUAAUCCUUAACCCCCUGCCUCUCUGACACCAGGAGAUUCUGUCUUUCAGGACAGAUGUCGAAACAGCUGUAGGUGUGCCAGGACUGUCGGGACACAGACGAUUAUGGGUGAAUUGGUACAUCUGUACUGGGUUUUUGAAUCUUAUAUUAUCAGAGGACUUCUGCUCAAACAUCUCUGAUUCACUUGAAACUUUUCUACCAUAAACUAUAGAUAAUUAAAAUUGUGUAUGUGAAAAUUUAAACUAAUAUAUCAACUACAUUCUGCAAUUUUUUUGUUAUUGCCCUUCCACUCACUUUCAGUGCAGUUUUUUUUACACAUUGAAAUUUAAGGUUAACUUUGGCUGUCAGAAUCUUAACUACAGAAUGAUUUUAUUUUGGUUACAAUUUACACUACAAAAAUUGAAUUGUGUGCAUUCAGCUGACAAAGAAUUAUUAUACAUGCUGGUAGUAAAAACAUUUUCUCACAAAAAAGAAAAAAUUUACUAAGCUCUGUAACCGAAAAAGGAAUCGGCUGAAGCCGAGGCUUAUUUUUGCUUAUCCUGUACAAUCCAUAAAAUAACCCAGAAUAUCAGUAGUACAAUGAAUAAAAGAAAUAAAAAACAAACAAAAAACAGAACAAGAUUUGCUCUAAAUUAUUCUUCUUCUUCAUUUCACGUCAGUCGUUUUACAUUGUAAUCCGUAAUUAUUUUACCUUUCAAUGUUUUUUUUUUUUAAACUCAACAGAGAUCUACAAAAUUUCAAAUCAUCACUAAGUCCAUUCCAUAAUAUAACUCCCAAAUAUGAAACACAUCUGUAUUUAACAUUAGUUCUCACAUGACCUCUUCAAAGACACUCAACCCUCUUAAAUUAUAUAUAUUUUUCUCUUAAUUUAAAAAAAAAAAAUGAAUAUAGGUGGGAAGACUUAUUCUUCACUCGAAAUAGUAUUUCUAAUUUUUUUAAGUAGAAGACAAAAGCCUGAUUUUUUUUUCAUGUUAUUGAUUCCAGAUAAGCAAUACUGGACAAGUAGAUUUAAUCUCUGAAUUAUGGGUGAGUUGAAAUCUGGGGAAAAAAAAUUAAAUCAUAAAUUCUUUGAGCAUAACAAAAUUGAUAAUGCAGAAGUUGGCUAGGGAUAUUUUCUGAACCAUAUGUAGCUGCAUCUCACAAUAUUACAAAACAAAACAGAAAUUCAAAAAGGUAUUUUUCAUUGACAUUUUUAGAACUGAUCGAGCUGGUGUGACAAGUUGUACUUCAAAAACAAAAGUACUGGUAGAUAAUCUAAUCCAAGUAGAACAGAGUUGUAGAGUUUGAAAAUUGCUUUCCAAAUGUAACUAAGAAAAUAAAUUCCUUUUUUUCAUUUAAGUUUUUAUUAAUCUUAAACAAUCAAAAACAAACGGCAUUAAAAAGAAUAUUUUAAAAAAACAACGAAACUGACAUAUUGCUUAAAAUGAUACGGAUAAGAUACGUGGUGACCAUGAGUCUUUUUUUUUUUUUUUAAAAACAAACAAAAAAAAGGGGCAGCAGUCACAUAUCAGUUUUACUUCUCAUGAAUAUCAUAGAUUUUAUACAGAUGUUAUGCAUCACUAAUGCGAGCUAGAAAAACCUGCCACAUUUGGCUAAUUUUACUUAGGACAUUGUUUACCCUAGCAAUCAUAUUCUCUAAACAACUGUCUGUCAUAAGCUAAAGCCAUUCUGCAAAUUCUGGCUUACAUGGGCUCUUCCAAUUAUGUAAAAUGAUUCUGGCCCCUACCAUACAGCCUGUUAAAAUCAGUCUAACCUCUGACUUAUAAAGGCUUGAUGGUAUAAGAGACUUAUCCUCAUAAUAGACAUAGCUGUGUUGAUUUUGGUAGAGAUAAUUUAAGCCACUCUUCCAAUUUUUUCAGUAGCAUCUUCCAGAAAGGAAGUACCCUUGAACAGUCCCAUAUAGCAUGAAAAAAUGUACCCUCUGCUUUAUUACAUUUCCAACACUUUCUGUCCUGGAUUAAUCCCAUUUUAAACAAUUUCAGGGGUGUAAAAUAAUAUCGAUGUACAAUUUUAUAGUGGAUAAAUUUACUUCUUCAAUGUCUGAUUUUCACCGGUUAAUUUUCAUAGAAUUUUUAUUUAUUAUUACUUUUGUCAAAUUCAAAUUAUUUCUGUGACCAUUGUGGGUUUUUCUUUCAUUAACCGAGAGGUACCAACAAUUUUGUCCACGUGUGUAGCCGCAAAUAUCUUUAAAAUAUUUAUAUUUUUUGCUGAUUUAAAUGUAGUAAAUUAAUUGGCCUGUUUUUUUUUUUUUUUUUUACAGUCAAGAUGAAAAAUAACUUAUUAUUUCAUUAUUAUUUAUAAUAGUGUCAAUGUAUUGUUUAUUAUUCAUAUAUGUUAUUAUUUAUAUAAUUAUUUUUCAUUUUUUGUCCUUUUAAAAAUAUCAUAUAUAGCAGAUAUAUGCAAAAUUAUUGCACUUUUUGUUUGCUGAUUUAAAAACAUUAAAUUACUGUAAUUUUAUGGUCAAACGUGAAAGGAUGAAUUCAUGAAAUGAAAAUUUUUGAUGUGGACGCUAUUUAAAUUAACGACAGAAAUAUAAAAGGAAAACACACUAUUUUAUAUAUAUAUAAAAUAGUGUUUUUUCCUUUUAGACAUUAGAAACUGACUUUCUGCUCAACAUGUCUCUUCAACCUAUUAAUCCUGCUUCAUCGUCCACCUGUGCUCUCUGUGUUUAAAUUAAUGAUUCACAGUAUUGGUUUUUUGCCAAUAUGCAGAUACUUCCAACUUAUUUUGCCCGAUUGCUGAUAUAUGCACAUAUUUUUUCGAUCUAAUUGCACAGAAGAUCAUGUCUUUCCAGUAGAGGAAUCAACAUUUUAUUAUGCCUCCUCUUGUCAGGAUGGAUCACUGGCAGCUGCAGACUUAAAGUACAAUACUUCUCACUGCUACAAGUAUCUUGCGUCCCUUGUAGUCCACCACACAUUUGAAAUCACUUCUUGCCAUGUUUCCUCAUUAAUCUCGUUACCAAGGUCUUUUUGCCAUAACAAUCUCAGACUUUGACACAAUGUUAACACAAAUUCUUAAUAUAGGUGUUCGUCUUUUUCAGGCACUUUGGACAUCACGCAUUCAGUGCAUUACACUACUACUUAUUGUAAGAGAUGCUCAAAGGUAAACUAUUCAGCAGUUACUAUAAAUGUAAACUCACAUUAUAACAGUUUUGUCUUCAAAUCCAAGUUUUUUACUCAGUGUAACACCAAGAGAAUCCAUUUUGAUCCUAUCAAAGUUUCCACAAUGGUUAUAUGAAUAACUUCACCAUCAAAGUCUUGCUCACAUAAGUACAUCAGAUUACCAUUAAAUAUGUCAGUGCAUAAAGAGGUGUGCUCGAACAUGGGACUUUUCAUGAUGCCUUAUACUGCAGAUUAUUAUUCUAUGGCAGGAUGACAAAUACUAGUGAAAAUCUUGUGUGUUUAUCUUUAAUAGUUCCUGAGAUAUUGUUAGUCCAACUGUUUUAAAUUCAAGCAGUGAAAAAAAUGAGCUGAAGUGGGUCAAAACAAAGAUUCACACGUCUUUAUGAAUAUCCGUAUUUUAUGCUAUAACAUUUUCAGGUACAGCAGAGAUGUUCCAGCAGAAACUGUUCUAAAAAUGGAAUGAUCUGGGUUGGAAUAAGCCACAAUGAAACCUCGUACGUUGUUUGUUUGUUUGCUAAUUGAAAGAGUGAAAGACAAAAGUCUAUUAAUAGCUUGAAAAGGACAUAUUGGACAUCCCAUGAAGGUGCAUUAUUUUCAGGGCGCUGCUUUUGUGCAUGUUGGUUCAGUGGCUCACUGUCACAUUUGAAUUAAACAGAGACAUCAGAAGCAGACUUAUUAAUGACACCUCUGCUGAUAUGCAAGUUACAAUGUCUGCUGUGAAAAAGGCCUGCUGCAGAGCCGAUCAUAGAGUGGCCAGCUUUUACCAACUUAAUUUCCACCUUCAAUCAUAAACUUCAUCAUUAUUACUGUCACACUAGUUUUCUAACUACUGAUUAAAGCGCGAAUGUUCCUGAUAGAGUCUCAUUGAAAAUAGCAAAUCUAAUGUUGGUUGCUCUAAUAGAUGGGAUCAAGCCACUGACACCUCUGACAGGAAAAAUAGUCAAUGGCUUUAUUUUAGAAACUGUAUGAACUUCAUCUUAGACAAUACUCAUCUAUAAAUAUCAAAUGAACUUAAAUAUAAGUAUGUGUGGAUACGCUGUGUAUCAUCUUUACAAUUUAGGUUUGCAGAUCUCAUAUUUAUGUAAGCAUGGAGCACAAAAGGAAGUCUGUGCAUUAUGGUGAAGUGAUCAUAGCAAAUAAUCAUGGGCAGUUGGAUUAGUAAUAGGUAUGGUGUUUAUAGGAGAAAUCUGAACAAGUGUAUAAGCAAAGGGAUCACUGCAAUGGUAUAAAAUCUACUCUAAUAAUGUGAUGAUAAAAAUGUUUGCAGUCACUCUGCAACGUCUGCACUGCUUCCUCUGUAAAGGUGAGGCACUGAAUGACUUAUAAUAUGUGUGACAACGACGUUUAAUGGAGUAAGAGCCUGGGAAAGUCCUCGGCAGUGCUUAAAUAGAGCAGUGAAGAAAAGUAUCUGAUAAUACAAACGCACUCUGACCAGGAAAUCCCCCUGAAAAUGAUCGUAAGUAUAAAGCAUCAGUUGUCCAGAAUGUGUGCUGCUUUGUUUUCAAACUUUGAGACUUUUUGUCUUAAAUUUUGUAAUGUUUUGUUGUUGUUUUUUUGUAUAUCAGUUAUUUAAUAAAGACACAAAUUCAG